AAACCGCACUUUCGGUUUGUUAACAUGACGUUUGUUAUACUAAUUAAGGAUUAACGGUCUUAAUGUUAUGAAACACUCGUCUAGUUCAAUACUCCGUCGGCAAUUAAAUUCACGCACCGUUGCUUCUAAAAGAACAAAUAUUUACUUUCCAUUUAUCAGAUACGAAUGUAUCUUCUUUCUUCGAGUUUAAUUUACUAUUAAGGAUCGCGCUGAGAUGAAUCGUUGUUCAUUUAUUUCGGUAGUAUUUUGCCUGCUCGCUUUCAAAAUAACAUGUAGUAGUCCGAAGAGUGAAAAUUCUCUAUUGCUGCGCCGCAAAAGAUAUCUAGUCUUUCCAGAGGGCUCCAGUUUGUCUAUCGCCAUAUGUCUAACUGCACAAACUACUUUGCCGGAACAAAUUUUUACGGAAGCCAUAAAUUGGGGAAUUGCCUACGAUCUUCCGAACGAAUCCUCUGUACUGAGACAAUUUCUCCAUCCCAAGCAUGUAAUGCAACGGAGAAAUCGAAGAGAUUUGUAUCGAAACAUGGAGACUAUUAUGGACUCCAUGGGAUUUAACGGACGUUCUUGCAUAUUGAGAGCUUUAUGCGAAACAUCCAGGCGAUUUUUAUCAAGACAAACGGGCCUGGUUGAGGAAUUAAUUCGAAUUGCGUUUCGUUUUCCUUUACAGAAAAUAAUGAACUGGGAACCGGAAGAACAUCGCUUAUAUCAUUGGGCUUAUCGUAUUGGCCACGAAAAAGAAAAUACAGACUGUGCGGAUUUGUUUUCCGAAUGUUCAUUCUCUUUAUUAGAUAUGGCUUUGGGGGAAUACGCUGAUUAUUCCCAUGGUUACACUUAA